GUUGGGGAACAGAAGUAUUGGUUAGUUGUGGAAUUGCAUAGUCUUGUUGUGUAUAUGCGGUUGUUUUUUUAUACAGGAUUUGAUUGAUGUGACAGUUUGUAGUCUAUAGCGAGGGGUUGUGAAAACUCGAUAGAUUUGUGGAGAUGAAUAUGAAUUUGUCAAACAAAUAGGGUGUGGGAGAAAACAAUAGGAGAUCAAAAAUGUCUCGUUAUCAGUCGAGAAAUACCAUAUCAGAGUUGGAAAAUCAAAGUACAUGUGCCAAAUGCUGGAAAAUUACGUGGAAAACAAUUACCUGUAUAUUUUCCCAUGUCACUUUGAUAUCCCUUGUGGUGGCUUACUGUGCUGCAGGAGCCUUCACUUUCGAGGCAUUGGAGGUCGAUAAUGAAAAAGAAGUCAAAAGAAGUAUCAAAUUUAUACGACAAAAUGUCACCAAUUAUCUAUGGCAACUGGCCUUGGAAUCCAAAGUUUUAGAUGAGACAAAUUUCACAAGGAACGCUUCCAAUCUCAUUCAGAAUUUCGAAGGUGCUUUGGUCAAAGCCAUGAACAAAGAUGGUUGGGAUGGAGAAGAAGACGAGAACAUUGUUCAGUGGACACGCACUGGGUCACUUUUUUAUUCUAUCGUAGUUAUUACAACAAUUGGAUAUGGUCACAUAACCCCAAAAACAGCACUGGGCAAAGUAGUCACAAUUUUUUACGCCAUUUUGGGCAUACCUCUGAUGCUGCUAUGCCUAUCGAAUAUAGGGGAUAUUAUGGCCACUUCUUUCAGGUUUCUUUAUUGGAGGGUGUGUUGUUACGUUUGUACGAGGCCUAAGAAACCUAGGAAGGCGCGAUCGAUGAGAGGUUCCAUAAGAUCAGCAGAGAGAUUUUCAAGAUCUCGGAAUACUUCAUUCAGAAGAUCUGUUAGAAAUUCAACAAGAUCUGCUGACAGCGGAUAUGGAAAUUUGGAAUUGCAGACCUCUCAUUCUGAUACUGAUUUAAGAUACCAUGACUACACAAAACGCGGCACCAGUCUACAAAGAAACCAGGCUUCUAGAUUUUCAGAUGAGAGAAGAGGGCAAUCAGCCCCAAGAUUUGGUGGUAGAGGAGGCUCUUUGGAUAGGAAGAAAUUCCAGAAUCGUCAAAGGCCCAGAGACUUUGAAACCUUAGAGUUACAAAACUUCGACAAAACGCCAAUUCUUUGCAAUAAAUAUGUUAUUAAAGAGGGAGAACUUAACGGCAAUGAAGUACCAGCAGGGAUAACCAUGAGAGACUCAGAAAAAAAUAGAAGAGGCAAUUACAACCAAGAGUCCUUAACUGAAUCUAGAGAUCCCAACCAUUUACAACUUCCAGUGGCUGAUCAUUUUGUUGAAGAUCAAGAUGAUGCUCAUCAUGUUAGGAAGAAGAGAUGUUCACCUCGAUUGAACUCUAGUCCGAAGAUGAUGACUCCACUAGGUUAUGGAUACAGAAGUAAAUACCUCGACGACCCCGACUCAGAUGAAGAGUUCUUCUAUGACAAUGUAUAUUACGAUACAGGAAAGCAAAGAUCACGUCCAGUACCAAUAGGUCUGUGCGUUUUCCUCGUCAUGAGUUAUAUCGUGGGCGGAGCAUUCCUGUUUGACUACUGGGAACAAUGGGGACUCCUCAAUGCAGCCUACUUUUGCUUCAUCACUCUCACCACUAUAGGGUUUGGUGACCUGGUACCAGCGAAGGGUGUUAGUCAAGAUAGCACUAAAACUACUACUACUGUUACGGUUAGUAUAGCCUUGUGUUCGCUAUACCUCCUUUUCGGCAUAGCUCUGUUGGCCAUGAGCUUCAACUUGGUCCAAGAAGAGGUUAUAACCAACGUUAAAUCAUUGGCCAAAACCUUAGGUAUAAUCAAGAGUGAUGACGAGGAUGAAUCAGCAGAUGAUGAAGUUUGAACGAUUUGUAUUACUAUAAAACUAUAAUGUCAACAUUAUCUACUCCACUUCUUUGUUAUCAAAUUUUAAUAUUUUAAACUUAAUAAUAAAUGGUUGGAUAGAU